CGAACACUUUAAAAAUUACGGUACCUGUAGUUCUCUGAAAACAACACAGUUUUGUUGCUGUAUAUCUAUAUAUAUUAAUUUAGUAGUCACUUUAUUUUUCAGUGUACGCUUCAAAGUUGCAGGUAUCGGACAUAGGUAUUUUAAAAUGUUGAUUUCCUGCAUCAUAUUGUAGCUUUCACCUUUCGGAUGGAUUUUCGCAAUAUAUCUGUUUGUGAUGCAUCUGAUUCUAGUACAAAAUUUGCUUAAAUCUAUCAGUAUUUUAAUUGUAGUAAAAACGUAACUUUUAUUUAUUUAUUUAAAUUUUUUUCGUCGUAUUUUUAUUUAUUUAUUUACAAGUAUGGUUAAAAUAGUGAGUUUGUUCGUUAGUAAAAUUUCGAUCGUUAUUUAUUUAAUGUUGACUGGAGAUACAUUGGCUAGAUUCACACUGCAUAAUUAUACAGCUGGUCUUGUGAAAGAAGCUAGUUCCAGAGACAAAAUGGGCAAGUCACAUCUCAUUUUAAAAAGAUAUGAAAAUAUAAUUAAAUCAGAUGAAGACAAAAGGGUCUAUAGAGGGUUGGAGCUGUCGAAUCAUAUGAAAGUGCUGCUUGUAAGCGAUCCAAAAACCGAUAAAUCUGCAGCAGCUAUGGAUGUGAAUGUCGGUUUCCUCAGCGAUCCGAAAGAGGUGCACGGUUUAGCCCACUUUUGCGAGCACAUGCUGUUUUUGGGCACCCAAAAGUACCCGAACGAAAACGACUACAGCAAGUUCUUAAGCGAACACGGAGGCGCCACCAACGCCGCCACCUACGUCGAUCAUACUCUUUAUUAUUUCGACGUCGUUCCAGAGAAGUUAACCGACGCACUUGACAGGUUUUCUCAAUUCUUUAUCGCUCCUCUUUUUACCGAGAACGCCACAGAACGGGAAAUCAAUGCCGUCAAUUCGGAGCACGAAAAAAACAUACCGAGCGAUCUGUGGCGAUUGGAUCAAUUGGACAAACAUUUGGCCGACCAAGGCCAUCCUUAUAACACAUUCGGAACAGGUAACAAGCAUACUUUGAUCACAAUACCUAAAGAGAAGAAUAUCGAUGUGAGGAAACAGCUGUUAGAAUUUCAUAGUAAAUGGUAUUCGUCUAAUAUUAUGAGUUUAGCUGUAUUAGGAAAAGAAAGUUUAGACGAAUUGGAAGACAUGGUGGUGGAGUUGUUUUCAACUGUAGAAAAUAAAAACGUUGAGGCUCCGGUAUGGCCGACUCAUCCAUUUUCCGAAGACCAGUUCAGGACGAAAGUGUAUGUUUCUCCUAUAAAAGAUGUCAGAAAUUUGAACAUUGUGUUCCCUAGCGAAGAUCUGACAGAAUUCUAUAAGUCUGCACCUAGUCAUUAUAUAAGUCACUUGAUGGGACAUGAAGGUCCUGGUAGUAUUUUGUCGGUACUUAAAGCCCGAGGAUGGUCUAAUAGUUUAGUAGCCGGGCAUAGACCAUCGCCAAGAGGUAUUGGGUUCUUUGCCGUAGCGGUUGACUUAACUGAAGAAGGAAUGGAUCAUGUAGAUGAGAUAGUCGAACUAGUUUUUCAGUAUUUGAAUAUGUUGAGAAAAGAGGGUCCUCAAAAAUGGGUGCAAGACGAAAACAGGAACAUUGGUCAAAUGAUAUUUAGGUUUAAGGAUAAGGAAUCUCCUAGGAGUUAUAUUUCUGGAUUGGUUCAUAGUCUACAAGAAUAUCCAAUGGAAAACGUUCUGUGUGCGAAUUAUAUGCUGAACGAAUGGCAUCCUGAAUUAGUGGAAAGAGUUUGGAAGAAAUUUGUACCUGAAAAUGUUAGAAUAUCUGUAGUCGCUAAGAAAUUCGACAAAGAACUCGACGAAUCAGAACCAUGGUACGGAACUAAAUACAAGAAAAUCGAGAUACCAGAAAAAACUAUUAAGAAAUGGCAACAAGCUGGAGAAUGUUCAGAUCUAAAAAUGCCGGAAAGGAACGAAUUUAUACCAACCGAUUUCAGUUUGUACCCCAUCGACGAUGACGUUACUGAAUUUCCUAUCAUAAUCGAAGAUACUGCUUUAACGAGGGUGUGGUUUAAACAAGACGAUCAGUUUUUGCUACCGAAAGCCAAUUUGAUGUGCGAUUUUGUAAGCCCAUUGGCGUAUUUGGACCCGCUGAACUGCAACCUCACCCACAUGUUAGUGCAGCUAUUCAAGGAUGCUUUGAACGAGUACGCGUACGCAGCCGAAUUGGCAGGUCUCAAAUGGGAAUUGAUCAAUACGAAAUAUGGUCUGAUUCUGGGCAUCGGCGGUUAUAGUAGCAAGCAGCACAUUCUGCUUAAGAAGAUCAUGGAGAAGUUGACGGAUUUCAAGAUCGAUCCUAAACGGUUUCAUAUUAUCAAGGAGACGUAUAUUCGAAACUUAAAAAACUUUUCUGCUGAACAACCGUAUCAACAUGCUGUGUACUAUUUAACUGUAUUACUAACUGAACAUUCUUGGACUAAGCAGGAACUGUUAGCUGCAACUGAACAAAUCACUAUCGAAAGACUAGAAGCUUUCAUUCCCCAAAUCCUAUCCAAGAUGCAUAUCGAAUGCUUGGUCCACGGCAACGCUAACAAAGCCAAAGCCUUGGAACUCGUUCACAUCGUCGAAGACAGCCUCGCGCAAGCCAUGAGCAUGUCGCCGUUGUUGCCGAGACAAUUGUUGCUCAAUAGAGAACUCAAACUCGAAAACGGCUGUGAAUAUUCCUACGAAGUACAAAACGAGGUACAUAAAUCGUCCUGCAUCGAGUUGUACUACCAAUGCGGGCUGCAAUCUAAGGAGAACAAUAUGAAAUUGGAGUUGGUGGCGCAAAUCGUUCAGGAGCCGUGCUAUAACAUUUUACGUACGAAGGAACAACUAGGCUACAUAGUAUUUAGUGGGGUAAGAAGAUCUAACGGUGUACAAGGUUUAAGAAUAAUCGUACAGUCUGACAGGCAUCCGGACUAUCUAGAUUCGAGGAUAGAAGCGUUUAUAGCUAGUAUGUUGGAGUAUAUCAGUGACAUGAGCGAGGAAGAAUACUUGAGACACCGUGAAGCUUUAGCCGCUCAAAGAUUGGAAAAACCGAAACAACUCAACAGUUUAACCAAUCGCUUAUGGUCGGAGAUUACGGCUCAGCAAUAUCAUUUCGACAGAGCUAAUAUCGAAGUGGCAUAUCUGAGGACGCUGUCUAAAAACGACAUUCUAGACUUUUUCAAGACGGUACUGACCGAGAAAGCUGAAAACCGUAAAAAACUCUCAGUCCAAGUGAUCUCGAUGGCCGAAGGAGGCGCCGGCAACGACAACUCCACCCUCAAAGAGACUCCGAACACCAAAUCCAAAUUCAUAAACGACGUGACCGUAUUCAAGAGCAACCACGAAAUGUACCCGUUGGUGCAACCGUACAUAAACAUUACUAGGAAGGGCAGUAAAUGCAAGCUGUGAUGUUUUUAAUAGAAUUUAAGAAUAAAUUUUUUAAUCUGUCGGGAAAUUACACGUUUUUCUGUGGCUCAAAGGCAAAUGACGGAUAUUAUUUGAAUCAGGAUGUACAGGGGUGUAGAAAAAUAACAAUUUAGAGCCUUAUAAAUGAUAUUUAUGCAGCGUUUUACAACCCCUUUUAGAAAUAAUCGUACUACGCAUGUGAGAUUAUCGUUGUAUAUUUAUUUUAAUAUCAAUUUGUGCUAAAUUAACGCGAUAGUCAAUUUUUAUUUAUUAAUUUUGCCAUUUAGCCACAGUCGUUUGUUUAUAAUAAGAAUGAAAUCGAUUUCUCACACCAUCUUUUAUGUGAUAAUUGAAAAACAGUUUGUAUAUUUUUAUGUACAUAAUGAUUUAAUGAUAAUAAUAAUAAUGCCGGUGUUUUAAGGUGUGUUCAAACAAUUUAGAAAAAAAAAAUGUACCAAGAAGGUAAAUCUCGACACUUUUUAAACGACUUUCUUUGUCAAAUUUUUUUAAUAAAAGGAAGGAUUAUUUAUUA